AUACUCCACACAAAAAUCCCAAAUUCAAAAAUCAAAAGGAUUUCACUUUCGCGGCGUCAUCGCAUUCGCACGCAGAGAUGCCGAGCAUGGCAAGCAAUUCAAUCCGUCGUCCACACCUCGCUGCGGUCGAUCGCCACUUACCUGCAGAGCCUGCGAAUUUACCUGUCGAAGGAAUGGAAGCGGUGGUAGCUACAGUGAGCGGAUAUCACGGCUCCGAGAGAUUCAAUCUCAUCAAAUUGAUUGCUCGAGCGGGUGCUAGUUACGUCGGAAAUAUGAACCAGUCUACUACGCAUUUGGUGUGCUGGAAAUUUGAAGGAAGAAAGCACGAGCUUGCAAAGAAGUUAAAGAUAGCAAUAGUUAAUCAUCGGUGGAUUGAAGAAUGUGUAAAGCAAGGAAGGCGUGUCUCAGAGGAUCCGUACCGUUUUCAUAGUGGCGAAGAAAUCGGACCCCUGACUUUGGACGUCCCGUCAAGUACCAACUCUGCAAAGGUUCAAUUUCAAGCAUCAAGAAAGAAGAAAACUGUGGUUAAUAUUGAUUGUGAUGACACAAAUGAUGACCCUUGGACGGAUCCAACUGUUUUGGAUGAGGAUCUGUAUUCUCGGCCAAGGAAGAAAUCAAUUAGAAAGUACUCCAGCAUGGAUUGUCCCAGUAGCAGUAUAUUCUGCCUGGAGAUUCCGCCGAAGCCAACAUUUGUGGAGAUCGAUGAAGCGAGCCCUGUCCAGACCAGACGCUCCUCCAGACAAAAGAAAGUAAAACCUACUUCUCCGGCACACCACUCCAGGGUUCGUAGGCUGGUUAAAAAACAUUCAAGUGAGGAUGGUUUGUCCGUAGAUGGUUUACCUGACCGAAAUAGCGGUGGAAUUCUUUCUGAUAAUGAAGUUGUCGAGACACACCUCAGUUCAUCCAUGAGGAACACAUCUGAUACAAGGUGCAGUUCUAGUGGACAAGAGAACAUCGAUGCUCCAGAAGAUGUCACAGAGAUUGGGAAUGAAAACAGUGAAAACCCGAAUGCUAGUGCUUCUGCAAUAUCUCCCCUUCCCCCAACUCCAGAGGACAUAAAAAAAGCUUCCCCCGAGGAUCUUGCUGGCAUUCACCCUGCUAGACUCCCUGCAUCGAAUGAAUUAUCAUGUGUAAUAUGUUGGACAGAUUUCAGUUCCACCAGGGGAGUGCUACCGUGUGGUCAUCGAUUCUGUUUCUCAUGCAUCCAGAGCUGGGCAGAUCACAUGGCUUUAUUAAAAAGGCCCUCAACAUGCCCUCUCUGCAAGGCAAGCUUCAUAUGCAUCACUAGAGUGGAAGAAGCUGUCUCGUCGGAUCAGAAAAUAUAUUCGCAAACAAUCCCCUCACUUAGCUCCCAAAUGGAUCUGUAUAUUCUCCCUGAUGAAAACCAUGUUCCUCCUAGCAAUCAAUCGGAAAUGGUAUGCUGUGGAUGCUUCAGCAGGGAACCUGAGGAUCUCUUGAUCAGAUGUCAUUUCUGCCAGGUUAGAUGUGUUCAUUCCUACUGCCUUGAUCCUCCAUUGCUGCCAUGGACAUGCAUUCACUGUAAGGAUCUCCAAAUGCUUUACUUCCAUAACCGCUAGUUGGUUCAUUACAUAUUAUACAUAGCCUUUUCGAUCCUCUUCUUUUCCUGCAUCAUAUAUGUUUUUUAAUAUAAUCCAUAUGGACUUUUUUUUUUUUUUACUGUUUUUGAUAAAGUGCAUUUAUAGGCUUAUCAAUUUGUCUCCUGUUUUUACUCUAAUUCUUCCAUUUUGUUUUAUACAA